CUUGGUCAUUUUCAUCAUCUGCAGCUUUUGCUUAUCAGUAUAGUCAUUCAUAAGGGACUAUAAAUCCUGGCAACACUGAAACUUGCUAAAGCUUAGUGAUGAUCAUGAGGCAAUAUGAGAGAACGUGGAGUAUCUCACCAGUAAACUAAGGACAUGUACGAAGAAUUGUACAGUGUCACUGGAAAGUUUAAUUUUUUUGUGGGAAAAGGGAUAACAGGCUUCAGAUUCCAUUGAUAGAAGCUUUUGGUUAAGGGGCCUCAGAUUAAUACCAAAGAAUUGUGGAAACAGUUUUUGAAAGCAACCUCUUGAGAAGUGGCUGCGGGCAGAUUUUGGUGUUUCACCACUGUAACCUGUGAAAAAAGGAUUUUUUAGAACACCCCAGGCCAAUAAGCAUAAUAUGAAAUGAUAGUAGUUUAGAAAAAAGGCUUUAAUUCCAAAACCGCCAGGCUUUGUGGUUUGAUUUUUAUGAUUUUAAUUGGCUGUCAUAGCUGAACAUUGCAUUUUGUAUGUUUAUUGCUGAUCUGUUGAAUCUAAACUUUUCCCUGGAUGUUCUAACUUGUUCCUCUCAUCCCACUGAUCUGUUGAUACUUUCUUCACAAAAACCCAGCGUUAAAGUGGAAGAAAUCUUCAGCUAACCAGUGCUAUUUUUGUGAGCAUUGUUUGAAACUGUGAAGAGUACUAAAGAAACUGCUGAAGGUAACCUGCUUGGUUAGCUUUGAAAGUGCAUAAACUCAAGCUUUACUGUGUUACAGAUACGGAUAAAUAAUAUUUUAUCUGUUUAAGUGUGAUGUAAGGCAUUGCUUUAGCUACCACUAAUGUCUACAUGUAGAGUAACAUUAGAGAAGCUAGUGACUUCAAGCCCUUUGUAGGUAUUGACUGCUGAAAAUUGAUGAAUAGGCAGUUGCAGGACAGCUGGUAAGUUUGGGAGAGAAUGAGGUUUGCUUUUGCGCUUAAUUCUGAAGUGCCCUAAGCAGAAGUAUCAGACUGUACAGGUUGUGUAUAGAUUAAGGGAUUAAUGCCUGCUUGCACUUACCUACCAUUCAAUUGUGAGUGUUCCCAUUCUUAUGCAGUGUAGCUUUUGUACGUUGAAUUCGUUGGCUUAGCCUGGUAUUUCAGGGUGACAGGCUUUAGGUACUGGCUGCUCAGAGUCCCAGUGAGCAGAUGCUGUGUUUGAAGUUUCUCCAAGCUCCCAUCUCAGAAGAUAGAACAGGCAGUAUAGUUGGAAUGACUUUGGAAUUGCCUUGAAGAUGAUGGAACAAAGCUUUCUGUUAGCAGACUGAUACGUGAUGCUGGUAGUGUCUUUUGACACCAUAUGUAUUGGACAUGAAGUGCACCACCAUCUCCUGAAGGAAGGUUGAUGAAUCUUAACUUCCAUUGUCACAGUUUAUGCACUUAGCUUUUAUGACUAGGUGGGGUCUUGUUGGAGCAGCUAUAUCUGUACACUGAGCCUUAGACCUUUACCAUCUUCUUUGGCUUGCCAGUUUCCACAGCAAUUUAAAAUCCCUAUUUGGCUCACAAGGUAAGCAUCAUUUUCCAUUAGGAAAGGAGGAAUUAAGUGGGAGGCUUCACUGGGUAUGAUCUUCGGUGAUGGUGUUCUUAUGUUUUCUUCACAUUCAUGCUUGUGUAAGUUAUUUUGGUUCUGUGUUUGGUUUGUACUUAACUGUCAGGAUUGCAGUGGAUUAGCUAUAGCAUCAUGAUGGGAUGGUUAACAGAAACUCUAAGUGGUGGGUAGUCAUAAACUUCUGACUUUAUUUUCAACAAUUUGGAAUAAUAAGACUAGGCAGCACGCUGGGAUCUCAUUUAAGAGCUAUACUUCCAGAGACACUGUGCAUUGCAACAGUUCUCAAUCUGUUUACUGUCAGUGUUUUUAAAGUCACUAUGCCAACAGUAGAUGCUCAUAAAUGUGUUUAGAAGUUGUGUGUGGGCUGGGAGGAGAAGGAGGGAAUGCUUUCCUUGGUCAGAGUUCCCAGAAAUGACUGAAAAUGAAGUUGGGUUUGUACAGGAAGAGAGUAGCCUUUUUUGGGGGUGAGGGGGUGGGGGGUGGUGUUUGAAAGCAGAACAAAUUAGCUACAGGUUAACCUGUCUUGGGUUUAUAGACACUACCUGUUAGUCGCUCUCAGGUGCAGUGGUAGUUUUCCUGGUAGUCUCAGGUUUGCAGAAGCACAGCCCAGGUAUUUACAGGUCUUGGUGUCUGCUGUUUAAGUUUGCUGGCCAUGUGCUCAGCUGCUCUGUUUCUGCACAGUCGUGACAAAAGGUGGAGAUCUGUGAGUUGAGAAAAGUUGUGGAAGAACUGCCUGUCAGUCAUGAGCUAGUGCCUAAAUUGAAAUGUGUCUUUGUUGAUUGAAGAAAACAGUUUUAAGUGUGUGCAGAGCUUGCAGAAGAUGCAGGAGGGGAAUGAGUGAUUUUGGCAGUUCAGCCUCUGCCCCUUGGGUGGAGGAAGCAUUUUCUUAUGGUGUUUGGAGUUGCAGGUUCCUCUCCCCUUCGGCUUGCUCUGGAAGGGGUUUUACACACUAAACCCAUUAGCUGUAGCAGGUUGGCUACACCCCUGUUCUGAGUCUGUGCCUGGAAAGCAAAGCCUUGCAGUGGGCCUGCCAGCUGCAGGGAAGGUGUUUCCACACUGCGACACUUGAAUUUUGUUUCAUUCCAUGAUACUUUGAAUCUGGAGAACUGUUGUGAAAUGUGCAAAGCUCCAGGUUUCCCAUAUAACUGGACACACAUUGAGCUGGUAGAAUUCUAGAAUCCCUAAUUCAAAAGUCAAUUUCACAGAAGUUCAGUAUUAAUGUUGCUUGUCUUCCAGCCCCCUUCUGGUACAGAGGCUUCAUUAUCCCAGAGCUGGUGCACAGGCUGUCCCUAUACAACAUGUGCAAGGAUGAAGUGCUUAUGGAUUAGCACAAGCUGUUACGCUUCAGUGUAGCGCUUUGUCUCCAUUCCUCGGAGCCCAAUUAGGAGGUGGCGGCUGAGCUGUCAGCUCCUAACCAGGUUUUACUGCCUUGGACUUUGCAGCUGGUUUCCUGCCAAAGGCCCUGCCAAGUAUCUCCUGUUGUGUCUUGGAGAAGAAGCAAGGAAGCCUUUUGAGCUGUCAGCUUCGUCUGUUUUAGCCUAUCACUGACACCAAGAUCCGAGGCUCCCCGAGGGCUGUGCAGGCCGUUAGUGCUAAUGCUGUGCCUGGCCAGGAAGGUCAGUGAAAGGGCAGAAAGGACUGGGGAGGAGGAACCAUGCCCGUGCAGAGGGGCUGCAGGCUGAGGACCCCAGGAGGAAGCAGUUGAAGUGUGUAUGCCUGAGCAGGGUGAGGGAUGUGCAGACACCUUCAGCCCCAUUCCUUGGGGGAGAAGGCAGGUAAGCAGCUGCCAUGAGGAUAUACAAACAACUCAUGCUUUUGUAAUCUUCUGUUGUGUUUAUCAGAUAGAGGAAACAGUCUUGAGGACAGCUAAUCUGAGCCCCAACUGCUUCAACCUACUGAGCUGCCCCUGUGGCACCAGUUAGAUGGUGUUGGAGAGACUGACAGCCCAUUGAUCCUCGGAAGUCAGUUCCUUUGCAGGGUGUCCUGCCUGUGUUUGCAUGCUGUCAUCUCUCUGCUUGACCAUCAGUGUUUGCCCUUUGGGGGUGCUCUCAGCAGGAGGUGAGGCAGCAUGCCCAGAAGCGGGGAGCUCCUCGAGUUUUGGAAUGGUGGUUGUUUAAUACUGCUGCAUUCACAGCUCAGCACCUGGGAGUCACCUGCCUGGCACGGACUCAUUUUGGUGGCGUUCUUCCAGGGGCAAGUUAAAUGUCUUCCAAUAGCUCCUUUGUAAAGAAAUGUAUAGAAACAGUCUGUGUUGGCACAGUGAGCAAGGCCAGAGCAAGGCUCCAUGGCAAUGGGAGCAGAUGACAACAGCACCAACCUCUGGAAGCCAAAAGCUUUUAGGGAUAAAAGAGAAACCUUGUUUACAAAAAUAAAAGAACUCGUUGGCAUGAUGGGAAGUAGAAAUUUUAGAGGCAAUCAGUUUUGCAGGUUAAAAGUGAACUUGAUGUUACCUCGUGGGAAGCAGGGAGCAGUUCCUCCCCAUCCUUGUCCCCACAGUGCCAAGGGUUUUUGGUUCAGGAACACCUUCACUCCGGUAGAGGAGAGCUGACAGCAUUCCUUGUUGUGAAUUUUCAUGUCACUGGAGGGACUGGAGUGAGGAUGUCAGAAGCAGCACACAGCAGAUAGGGAGAAAGUAAGAGGGAGGACAAGAGGAAAGUGAGGAAAACCAUGACUUAUCAUUGCAUGAAUCUUUGGGAGCUGUGUUGAAGGGUGAAGGUGACUGCAUGCAGCCCCAGCGCGCAGCCCUGCUCAGCUGCCCACGGGUGUCCUGGGUUACAAGUGCUGCCCUGGCCAUCAGCCCACAGUGGCUCCAUCCCUGCGUGGUGACAGGCUCUGAGGCCACAGACCCAUCCUGCUCCUUUCCAGUGCUGGUCUGCCAUGCUCCUCCGUGUCGUUUCCUGCUGGCUUGUGUUACAUAUCUGCCUGAUAAAAAUAAAGCAGCCCCUGAAUGGAUUAUUUUGUAAACACACACUUGCAAAGCAGUGUGCUGCAGAAGUGGUUUUGCAGGAGCCAAGGGCAACAGUUUGCAGAGAGGGAAGCAUCCACGCAGCUGCUGGCAGGUUUGAGGCUCGUGGUGGAGCCCCUCUCUUCUCUGAAACUUUCUUCCACUUUAAAAACCUGAAGGGCCUAAUCCAGACCUCGAGGCCCUGUGCACUGCUCUGGUUUCAGGGCUAUCUGUUGCUUGAACCAGAGUCUGGGAUUUCAACACUCACUGUGGAGGGAUGUGUCCAGGUAUGGGAAACAGAAUAAUCUGGAGUAAUAUAAAGAAUAAAUCACUUCAUCCUGACUCACGUCUCCCGCUGCAGGGAGGGUGCAAGAAGCCGCAGCCUGUUGCAGUGGCUGGGGCGCGGAGGUGCACCCUCCCCAACACGUGAGACUGAUGCUGCCGCCCGCCUGCCCCGGGCGAGGGCGAUGCGCGGCGGGAUGCUGCGCUGCCGGCCCCAAACCGGGGCGCAGGUCGCACGGCCGGACCGGGCUGUCCCCGCGCCCGGGGAACAGGGGCGGAAGGGGCAGCGGUGCCACGGAGUGGGCAGCGAGCGGGGCUACAGCUGGGGAGGACUGCGCGGGUUGGGCGGUGCGGCGGGGGGCGGUACAGCCGAGGGGCGGACCCGCGCACGGCGCUGCCGCCGGAGCCUUUAAGAGCCGGCGGCGGCCGCCCGCGCCGAGCGCUGCCUGACGGGCUGAGCCGAAAGGGGCCGAGCGGAAUCGCCGGGCUGCCCCUCCGAUGCGCCUGCCGAGCAUGUCCCAGCCUUUCCUGCUGGCGCCCAUCGCCGAGUGCGCCCCGGGGCUGCCCAGCCCCCAGGUCCGCCUGGCAGUGCUGGGUGCCCGCGGCGUCGGCAAGAGCGGUAAGUGCAGGGGGACUGCCUGUCCGUCCCCCCUCUCCCUUCCCCUGCCCGCCCGUCCAUCCCGCCUAACGUGGCCGCUCUGUGUUUCAGCGAUGAUCGUGCGGUUCCUGACGAAGCGGUUCAUCGGGGACUACGAGCCCAACACAGGCAGCCUCUACUCCCGGCUGGUCCGUCUGGAGGGCGACCACGUUGCCGUGCAGAUCCAGGACACGCCGGGCUGCAUCCAGAUGCAGGAGGACUGUGUGCAGGUGCUGGAUGCCCUGUCCCGGUGCGUGAAGUGGGCAGAGGGCUUCCUCCUGGUCUACUCCAUCACAGACUACAGCAGCUACCAGACAGUCCGGCCCCUCUACCAGCACAUACGCAAGGUCCACCCGGAUGCCAGGACCCCCAUCAUUAUCGUGGGGAACAAAGCAGACCUCCUCCACGCCCGGCAAGUGCAGGCGAAGGAGGGACUACAGCUGGCGAAUGAACUGGGCAGCCUGUUCUUGGAGAUCUCCACAAGUGACGACUCCCAAGGUGUCUACGAUGUUUUCCAGUACCUGUGCAAGGAGCUCAGCAAACUACAGCAUGCCAGCAGCACAGACAGGAGGCGGUCAUCCAUCAUCCCUCGGCCCAAAUCUCCCAAUAUGCAAGAUCUAAAGAGACGUUUCAAACAGGCUUUGUCUUCCAAAGUUAAAUAAACCCCUCUGGUGAGAUCCUGUGUGACCCGAUAGACCUUAUUUUUGUAAACUAGUUAAUAAAAAUCUUUAUUUUUGUACUAACACCAGCAGUAUGGAAGUAAGUAUGUUGAAGCUUGUGAUUUCCUUGCCAUUCUCUCUUGUUUGACUGGUUGGGUUAUUUUUACAUUAAAAAAAAAAAAAAAAAAAGAAGCUGCAUAGCAACUGAAUAGAGGUAGUUGGAGAAGGGGAUUUUUGCCAGGAGGGUUUGGUUCCAUUUCUGUUUUGGACUCGGGUUUGCUGUUUUACAUUGCUCAAAUGACUUUUGGGGGGCCUCAGUUUCCUGUUUGCAGAAUGGAAAUGAUAAUAAUGUAACUCUCAGCUGCCUUUAUAAACUGUUUGGAAAGCCUUUGAUGGAAAGCUUGAUAUGGAGAGGGGGGAAAAAAAGCUCUAUUAAACAUGAAAACAUAAAA